GCUACGCGUUGCAGUUUGACGAGGUUGAGUCUUGUCUGCCGCCAGCUGUGUUUUUUUUUUUAAAGCCAUGGCUGCUGCCGCUGCUUCUUCCUUUUCCUAUUUCCCUUCGCCCUUUCCCCUAGCCUGGUCCGAGUCUCUGUACUGCCUGAGCCCGGAGCACGUGCAGGAGCGGUUGCAAGACGACGCGGUGGAGACGGUCACCUCCGUGGAACAGGCAAAAGUAGAAGAUAAGAUAGAAGAGGUCUUCAAUGCUUACAAGAUCAACCAUCAUGUUCCAAGACUUAUUCUUCAUCGAGAGAAGCACUUCCAUUAUUUGAAAAGAGGCCUUCGACAGCUGACGGAUGCCUAUGAGUGUCUGGAUGCUAGCCGCCCCUGGCUCUGUUAUUGGAUCCUGCACAGCUUGGAGCUGCUUGAUGAACCCAUUCCUGAGUCGGUGGCUUCAGAUGUGUGUCAGUUUCUGGAACGAUGUCAAAGCCCAAUAGGUGGCUUCGGAGGGGGACCUGGUCAACAUCCACACCUUGCACCCACAUAUGCAGCAGUCAAUGCAUUGUGUAUCAUUGGCACUGAAGAGGCCUUUGAUGUCAUCAACAGAGAGAAACUCCUAGAAUACCUCUAUUCUUUGAAGCAACCUGAUGGUUCUUUUAUCAUGCACAUUGGAGGUGAGGUGGAUGUCAGGAGUGCUUAUUGCGCUGCCUCUGUUGCCUCCCUAACCAAUAUCAUCACUCCUAAACUCUUUGAAGGUACUGCAGAAUGGAUAGCAAGGUGUCAGAACUGGGAAGGUGGAAUUGGUGGUGUGCCAGGCAUGGAAGCCCAUGGUGGCUAUACUUUUUGUGGACUGGCAGCGCUGGUCAUCCUCAAGAAGGAGAAAUCCUUAAAUCUGAAGUGUUUGUUACAAUGGGUGACAAGCCGGCAGAUGAGGUUUGAAGGUGGAUUUCAGGGCCGAUGCAACAAGUUGGUAGAUGGCUGUUAUUCUUUCUGGCAGGCAGGGUUACUACCGCUGCUCCACCGAGCUCUACAUGCUCAAGGUGAUCCUGCCCUUAGUAUGAGUCGAUGGAUGUUUCACCAGCAGGCCUUGCAGGAAUACAUUCUCCUAUGCUGCCAGUGCCCUGCAGGGGGGCUUCUGGAUAAACCUGGCAAGUCAAGGGACUUCUACCACACCUGUUAUUGCCUGAGCGGCUUAUCCGUAGCACAGCAUUUUGGCAGUGGAGAGAUUCUAUGUGAUGUGGUCUUGGGAGUGCCUGAAAAUCGCUUGCAACCCACUCAUCCUGUGUACAACAUUGCACCAGACAAGGUGGUCCAGGCCGUCAUGUAUUUCCUGCAGAAGCCCAUCCCAUGUGUGGAGGAAGAGGUAGCAGGAAUUUCUGCUGCCACUGACUAAAAGGCCCUGUGUCUCCUCAGAUCACUACUCCAAUAUCUACUUUCCUAGUACACGGCAUAUCCACAGUGUACACAGUGCUGUACAAAGCCUUAGCUGCCAUGGAGCUAUAUUUUUUCCUUUUCUUAAAAUACACAGGGGUGUGUGUGUGUGUGUG